AUGGCUGCCGAUAUCGGUUCCUACUAUGGAACCACAAACAACCAAAAGCUUCCUGCGCUCUCGGAUUCUAUCAACUUCUUCAAGUGGAAAGUCGACUCCGAGAACAUCCUAAUGCAGAAGGGACCAGGCGUAUACGAUGCGGUUAUGCUCGAUGACCCUGCUCCAGACGUUACCAGCGAUGAUUACAACGCGUGGCGACGCAGCAACCUUAUCGCUAAGGGACUGUUGCUUGCCAGCAUGUCUAUCGGGGUUAGG